AUGAAUCCAUUGAAUAAGAUUAUAUUUCUAUCCGCCUUUCUUGCGUCUGGAUUCCUAUUAAUAUUACUAUCAUGUGCUUUAUACAGUAACUACAAGCCACUUUGGGUUAUUGCCAUUUUCUUAUCGGCACCAUUACCAAAUAUAAUAGCAAAUGCAAUAGAGAACUCAAGAGAUAACAAUUUCCUCACAUUUAAUGACUAUGGCACUUCGAAUGAAGGCAAUGCUAGUCCUUUACAAGAAUUUGCUAGGUUUACUACAGGAGUUUUAAUCAUUAGUGGUAUUGCUUUACCUUGGAGUUUAUAUCAUUGUUAUUUAAUUGGAUUGGAAUCAUUUAUACUAAGUGUCACUGGGGGGUUAAUUGUAUAUUUAGAUAUAAUCAUAUUUAUUUGGUUUUUCAAUAAUGAAGAAGAGGAAAAUGACGAUUUCAACUUUUAA